AUGGCUGCACAGGAGUUACGCUGGCUCACUUACCUGCUGACUGACUUGGGAGAGCGGCCUCGUUCUCCUCCAAUUCUCUCUCAUUCGUUCGUACCGUCCCCCCUCUUUUCCCCCCGUCACGUCGCCUUCCCCCCGUCGCGUCGCGCCUGCCCUUUCCCCCCAUCGCGUCGCUUUCCCCUUAUCGCGUCGCGCCCGCCCUUUCCCCCCGUCGCGUCGCGCCCUUUCCCCCCGUCACAUCACGCCCGCCCUUUCCCCCCGUCGCGUCGCGCCCUUUCCCCCCGUCGCGUAGCGCCCCCCCUUUCCUCCCGUCGUGUCGCGCCCGCCCUCUCCCCUCGUCGCGUCGCCCGUCCCCGCAGCGCCCGCCGCUGUCGCGCGCGGCCGCGCUCGUCGCCGUCGUGCCUGCCGUCGUCGCCCGCCCCCGCGCGCCUCGCUGCGGCGCCCGCCGCCGUCGCCCGCCGCUGCGCGCGUCGUCGUUGCACCCCCUAUCGUCGCCCGCUGCGCGCGCUGCUGGCCCCUGCUGCCGAGCGCGCUGCCGUCGCCCGCUGCUGCGCCCGCUCCCGUUGCCCGCUGCUUCGUCUGCUGUUAGCUCCUGCUGUCACGCCCGCUGUGGCGUCCGCUCCUCCCCUGUCCCAGAGCCCUGCCCCUGACGACGCCGCUAGAGCCCACUUUGCCACCCAGCGAGCUGAUCAGACGGCUUGGACGUUGCGUGACGCUGCGGCCUGCAUCGCGCUCAGCAGCCUCCUCCCUGAGUCUGAGGAGGUCCACUUCACUCAGGUUCGCACCGCUGCUGAGUACCUCACUGCGAUUAAGGCCCGCUACUCUACUCCCGCUACUGUCUCUCUUGGCCGCCUUUUCCUCCCGUUCCUGUUUCCUGAUCUCGCCUCUUUUGAGCGCUCUGCUGACUUGAUCACUCACCUCCGCUCGCUCGACGCUAGUUACCGCGCUGCUUGCACUGAGGCACAGCUUGCACUGCUUCCUCCCCCCAUGGCGAUUACUAUCUAUUUCAUCGCCACUAGCCUCCCUGACCACCUUGCCUUCGUUCGUGACGCACUUCUGCUGGAGCACCCUAGUAAGCUCACCGUCGAGGUCCUUGAGUCUGCGCUCAAGGACGUCGAGAGCAACCUUCGCUCUGUAGCCGCUGCCUCUGGUGCUGUGCCCCCCCCACUCUUCCACGGGUGCACAGUCCCGCAGUUACCCACCUUUACUGCCUCUCUUGCCACUGCCGCUACUGACGCGACUGCAGCUGCUGUUACGACUGCGUCGCGGUCCCGCGGUAGGGGUGGCAAGAAAGGCGGUUCUGGUGGUGGUAGUGGAGGCGGAGGUAGUGGAGGUGGCGUUGCGACUGGCGGUGGUGGGAGUGCAGGGCCUGGAGAGGCGUCUCGUGCAGCGACUGGUGACUCCACUGCGCCUGCUGGUGGUGGCGACGCCCGAGUUCGUCAGUCGCCUCCUGUACUGCCGGCCCCGCUAGGUGGAGCAGCGGCGUGGUACCAGGCUCAGCGUCAGCAGCAACAGCAGCCCCUCUACUCCCAGCAGCCUCAGCAGCAGCAGCGGCCGCAGCUGGCUCCGGGGUUAGGGCUACGUCAGACCCAGCGCGGUGCUGCUUACCCUCCCUGCACCUAUCAGGUUCUGACAGGUGCUCGCCGGGGCCACCCUUGUGGCCGCCUUCACCCCCCUGGUCAGUGCUUUGCUCAGCUCACUGACACGGUUCGUUUGGUCUACGGGGUUGGCGUUCCUGUCCCUGACUGGCUUCCUCUUGUUCAGCGUUACGGCUCCGCUCUGUGGGGCAUGUCUGCUGAGCAGUUAGCAGAUCUGAUUGCUUAG